AUGAUGUGGGCUAUUGCGACGAUCUUACUUGCAGGUGUCGCCCGAGCGGCUAUCCCCAAUGCCAUGCUCCGUGGCAUGCCUACUCUCCCAAAGCUUUCAGUGCCAGAACGUUCUGUCACCUCGCCGAAUGGUACAGCACUCCCACCCAUUACGACCGUCUAUUACUUCGACCAGCUCAUCGACCACAAUAACGCAAACCUCGGAACGUUCCAGCAACGGUACUGGAUGAGCUGGGAGUUUUAUGAGCCUGGUGGCCCCAUCAUCUUGAUGACACCUGGAGAAUCUGACGCUGAUGGCUUCGAAGGCUACCUUACCAACAGCACCAUCAAUGGUGUUAUUGCUCAACAACAGAAGGGUGCAGCCAUCCUUAUAGAACACCGUUUCUUUGGCUAUUCAAAUCCAUAUGAUGACCUCACGUCAGAAUCUCUCGCUCUCCUCACCAUCCAGCAGGCCAUCGAUGAUCUCGUGUACUUCGCCACGACCGCCGAUCUUCCCAUGCCUGGGGGUGAUGCCGUGAAGCCUGGUCAGGCGCCAUGGAUACUGGUUGGAGGAAGCUACUCGGGAGCCCUCACCAGUUGGACAAUGGUGAAUAAACCGGGAGUUUUUUGGGCUGGAUAUGCAUCUUCUGGCGUCGUAGAGGCAAUCACCGACUAUUAUAGCUACUUUACCCCAGUUCGCGAGUACAUGCCACAGAACUGUUCUUCUGAUGUAGAGGCAGUUAUUGCCUACCUGGAUGACAUGUACGCGGCUAAUGACACCGCUGGAAUCCAGUCGCUUAAGGAGUCAUUUGGCCUUGGCGAUCUUGUACACGUAGAUGAUUUCGCCGCUGCACUUCAAUUCAACUUGUUCGAUUGGCAAUCUCUGCAGCCUGAUGUCGGCCCAGGAGCGAUGUUCUUCCAGUUCUGUGAUGCACUCGAGGUCAAGGACGGUGUCAGCGCCGGAUCUGAGGGAUGGGGCCUUGAUCAUGCUAUCGACUCGUGGGGCAAGUUCUGGAAUACUACAUACUACAACAAUGUCUGUGGAGAUCAGGAUGCUGAAACCUGUCUUGGGACGUAUGACACGAGCCAGUCCUACUGGACCGAUGUUACUGUGAAUAAUGCCAACAGGUCGUGGUUCUGGAUGGUGUGCAACCAAGUCGGCUGGUACCAGGUUGGCCCUCCUGAAGGCCAGCCUGCCAUCAUAAGCCGAAUCCUCCAACCCAUUUAUAACGAGCGCGAAUGCGUCAACAUGUUCCCUGAAGCCUUCGCUUCUCCACCUGAGCCUACCACUACUGAGACCAACACAAUGUACGAUGGCUGGAACGUGGAUAUCCCCCGUCUCUUCUUCGCCAACGGCCUGCGUGACCCUUGGCGCGAGGCAACUGUCUCUGCUGACGGGUUGAACAAACCUAGCACUCUCAGCACGCCGAUCUAUGAGGGCGAUGGAUUCCACUGCUCGGACUUGGUCAUACAGAAUGGCAUUGUUGACGCGACAAUCGCUGCCGUGCAGGAAGCAGGAAUAACAUACAUGAAGGGAUGGAUUGCUGAGUGGCAACCUUCCGCUUGAUGACUUGCUAUAGAUGUGACUUAUGGACAGGCGAGUUCUUUAAUAAUCACCUAUCAGGUUACAGUGAACGUAUGGUGUUGGUCCCUUACUUAGUAAUGAGCAAGUUGAUACCCGUCACAUUUAAUAGAGGAAGGCUAGUUCAUUUAUUUUCCACAUUGCACCUAUAUACCCCUGUGCCAGCCCUUCGAAAGUGAAACAUGCGCUGGAUUUCCUCCCAUAGGCCCUUUAAGUACUUGGUUUGCUUUGGAAACAGAGUGAUGGAUGCGCUCGACAGGCAUCCUCCAAGUUGAUUGACAUGAUCUCAGAACGGGUGAAUAGGACGAUGUCUGUGCCGGGUCCCAUACCGAGUUUCCCGUUGCAGAUGUCAUAGGCCAACAUCUCCGCUGCAGCAUUGACCCCAGUGGGAAGCUGACUUUGGAACAGAAAGGUCUUCCGGAAGGACCUUUGUGUUGGUCUCAUGUUAAACCUUGUGGGGUAAC